CGCCAUUUCCGGUGAAAAUUUGUUCCUCCCUUCCCUUUUCCCAACAAGAUGAAGUACACAAACUGAAGCUCAGGUUAAAAGUUCAGCCUACGCUGAGGGAACCUGCACUGUGAUGAGAACAGACUUACCCCGAGGUUCAAGGGUUACCUGGGUGCAGUGUUGCCUGCUUAUUAAAGCCACACGCCGAUGAUUCGGGGCUCAGUCCUGCCGCGGGAGCUGGGGAAGUGCCAACCCUUGAACACCCCCUUGGAGUUGUAAAGCAGUGAAGCAAAUAAGCUGUGCUGGCCCCUCCUUUACGUGGACAGAAGGUUCAACUCUGGCUGCACUGAUCCAGCACAAUGAUCUGGAUACUUCAAGUCUUAUUCUCACCGCUCCCAACGCCAGCACUGUUUACUCUUAUUGCAUUUGGAGCUCUCCUCUUCCUCUGGGUGAUAAGCAGGCCAAAGCCUGUUUUACCUCCUGUUGACUUGAACAAGCAGUCAGUGGGAAUUGAGGGAGGAGCGAGAAGAGCUGCACUCUUGACAGAUAAUAAUCUAAUAUCUUAUUAUUUUGAAGAUACUAAAACCUUGUAUGAAGCUUUCCAGAGAGGACUGCAUGCUUCUGGAAAUGGCAACUGUUUAGGCUACAGAAAACCCAACCAACCUUAUCAGUGGCUGACAUACAAACAGGUUUUGGACAGAGCUCAACAUCUGGGAUCAGGGCUUCUGCAGAAAGGAUGUAAACCAUCACCAGACCAGUUUAUUGGCAUUUUUGCUCAGAAUAGGCCAGAGUGGAUCAUUUCUGAGUAUGCCUGCUACACUUACUCAAUGGUUGCUGUUCCACUCUAUGACACUCUGGGGCCAGAGGCCAUUCUGUAUAUUGUCAACAAAGCCGACAUAGGCAUAGUGAUUUGCGACAAGCCGGAGAAGGCACAGGUCUUGCUUGAAAACUGUGAGCAAGGAAAGACCCCAUGCCUGAAGACUAUAAUUCUUAUGGAUCUCUUUGAUAAAGAGCUCAAGGACAGAGCAGCUAAAGUGGGAGUUGAAAUUCUAGCACUACAGGAGGCUGAGGAGCUGGGAAGAAACAACAUCAGAAAACCAGUUCCUCCUAGUCCUGAAGAUCUUUGCAUUGUGUGUUUUACCAGUGGAACAACAGGUAACCCAAAAGGUGCCAUGCUGACACAUGAAAAUGUUGUUGCAAAUGCUGCUGCCUUCCUUAGAACCAUAGAGGACACGGUUGAGUGUACAACUUCAGAUGUCAGUAUAUCUUAUCUUCCAUUGGCUCACAUGUUUGAGAGAGUUGUACAGACUGUGAUGUACAGCUGCGGAGCAAAAGUGGGCUUCUUCCAAGGAGACAUCAAAUUGCUAACAGAUGACAUGAAAACCUUGAAGCCAACAGUAUUUCCAGUUGUGCCAAGGCUGCUCAAUAGAAUAUAUGACAAGAUCCAAAGUGGUGCAAAUACACCAGUGAAAAAAUUCCUGUUAAAUUUUGCUACAACUAUGAAGAUGAUUGAAGUAAAACAAGGCAUAAUUCGAAAUGACAGCCUUUUGGAUAAGAUAGUCUUCAAAAAAGUUCAGGAAACCAUGGGUGGAAGAGUGCGUAUAAUGGUAACAGGUGCAGCCCCUAUAUCUCCCUCUGUCCUGAAAUUUCUCAGAACAGCAUUGGGCUGUCAGGUCUUUGAAGCUUAUGGCCAGACUGAAUGUUCGGCUGGAUGUACUUUCUCAAUGCCUGGAGACUGGACUACAGGCCAUGUUGGACCCCCACUGGCUUGUAAUAUCAUAAAACUAGAUGACGUAGAAGAAAUGAACUACUUCUCUUCAAACAAUGAAGGCGAGGUCUGCAUAAAAGGACCAAAUGUGUUCAAGGGUUAUCUGAAAGACCCUGAGAAGACUGCAGAAGCAAUUGACAAAGAUGGGUGGCUUCACACAGGAGAUGUAGGGAAAUGGAUGCCAAAUGGAACGCUGAAGAUCAUUGAUAGGAAGAAAAAUAUAUUUAAACUUGCACAAGGAGAAUACAUUGCUCCAGAGAAGAUAGAAAAUGUUUAUAUUAGAAGCGUUGCUGUAGCCCAAGUUUUUGUACACGGGGAAAGCCUGCGGUCUUGUCUAAUAGGCAUAGUGGUUCCUGAUGCUGAGACACUUCCAGAAUUUGCAGCAAAACUGGGAGUAAAGGGCUCCUAUGAAGAUAUCUGCAAAAAUCCAGUAGUGAAGAAAGCUAUUUUAGAAGAUCUGGUCAGACUGGGGAAAGCAGCUGGCCUUAAGUCCUUUGAACAAGUUAAAGACCUGUACAUCCACACAGAGCUGUUCUCUGUAGAAAAUGGGCUCUUGACACCAACACUGAAGGCAAAGAGAGCAGAGCUUGUUAAAGUCUUCCAGAAGCAGAUUGAAGCCCUCUAUUCAAGUAUGCAGGAAUAAGUGACUAAUUUAAAUUAAACUUCAUGGAGUAUCUAAACAAAUCUGUAACACUACGUGACCUCUGGAGAACACAAGCGUGAGCGGAAGGGAGCAAGGAGAACUUAAUAUAUUGUUUCUGGCAUCCUGUGAAAAAUGACUUUCAGAUGAAGAUGGCUACAGCAUAACUGGUGGUGACUGGCAAUAUCCAGUCUUGCAGGACCGAGCAUCAAACCUCAAAAGCAAAGCCACAACCUCCAUCUUCCUUGGGCUGUGAAUGAAGCACACACACACUGAAGAGCCUCAGCCUUUACAAGGCAGCUGUAUGAACUUCCUACUGUUGUCAAAAGCAAAUCUUGUUUUCUUGCUCCAACUAUAAACUCCAUUCUGAACUUCUGUGGCUUAAUCUGCAGUCACGCUGAACUCUUUCACGCAGUUGCAUUGUGGGUGGGUGGGGAGGGAGCUAGUUCACAAAAUGCUGGAAGAAAACACUUCAGUUUUCCCUCAGGAUGGUAUAACUUUUUCAACGCGCCUGUCUCAACUUGAGCUGUGACAAGAUGAAUAGAAGCUUAACAUCUGCUGAGCAAUAACAAAGUGAACUUCCUGUUCCUAGCCUUGGACUGCACCACUGCAGGUUGUUUUGAAUGAAAGUGUGAUUAGUCUGGCAUAAAAUGGUUAAUGAAAUGUGUCUAAAACAAACACGAUUCAUGCCUUAGGAGGCACUCGUUCAGAUUUUUGUUUGUUUAGCACGUUCUCAAAUGCAAUGGCCGUUAUAAAGCCAGUAUGCUUAUGAACUUACAAGCCCAGUAACUCAAACUCUUAACUUCCCAAGGUUAUAAAAUGCGAUAAAUUGCAACUGCAAACUCCAACCAAAGCCUGUGUGAAUAACUUGUUUCUCUGCUGCAACCAGACUUUCAGCUCCAGCCUUACUGCUGCCUCGUCGUGGAUAGCUUUCUUCAGCCACUGUGCUGUAGCUGACUUGUUUCCUAAGCUGUCAUGGCUUGGCUGCAGCUCCAGCAGCAUGAGGCAAUAAGAUAGUGCAAGACAAGACACUGCUCCUCUAAUCAGCUUUCCUUUUUUUUGUAGUAAGGCAAGGUAUGUCAAAGCCUUCAGCAUAAACUCAUUCCUCUAGCUCAGCUUGUCCUACAAUAAAUUAAAUGCAAUGCCUUAUUUUAAGGCAAAAUAAACCUCAUUCGUUUCUUUAGAAAACUAUUUAUGCAAGGGAGUACUGUCGUUCUCUAUCUUUAGAAAUAUUUAUGGGGUUCAGAGAGACUUAAGCCAAUCUUCUGAUGCUUUCUUUCUGUUCGUGUAGUAGUCUGGAUCAGUUUGCUUUUUUUCCUUUUAAAGGUAAUGGAGCUCUACGAAGAAUGUAACAUGGGGGAGGAGUGCUUCUCUGUAUCAAAUCGCCUCGUCUCUACCAGAUUAUUACAGCUAGUGGCUGUUCCUCUCCGUAUUUAAAAUAUUCUUGGUCAGAAAUUUGAAAGUGAAAGCAACCGGUAGGCUCAUUGGUCAGGAAAUGACCAGCCCUUGCUGUCAAACAUCUGAAGCUUUAAUUAAUAACAACUUGCUGUUGUUUCAGAAGUGUAAGCUCAGUUCUGUUCCUUGUCUAUGUCCAAAGAUCUUGAUGUCUUCACAUAACUGUUGUCUCAAUACAUACAUUCAGCAUAGUUCUGAACUUCAGGGUAUAAAGACUUGGAAUCCGGAAUACAUGUAACUAACUGUGCUGCAUGUGUUUCCUUAAAGCAAAAUGACUUAAA